CGAGGUGUAUGAAGCCAUUCUAUCCAACGUUUCUCACCAACCGGUACACUUGGAGGUCUUCAUUUGUCAGGCUGGCGUAGUUCAAGAGACCCUUCCGCCUCGACCGAACAAGCACCGCGAUGGCCCAGAUUACGCGGACAUGGAAGAUCGAGACGUGUCUUUCGUUAUACUCAACGAGGCGCAACACUGGCGAGUUAUGCGAUGGUUCCGUCGGCAUGGCUACCACACUUUGUUCCCCUGGAUUGCCACUCCUAUUGGUUGCCUGUUUAUGGUGUCCUAAAUCCGAUGUUGAUCCGGAAGCCGCUUUACCAGGAGCCCUCGCAGCUUUGAACCUGCGGGAGCAAGACUUGUCUCCUCGAAGCUCCCUUCCGAGUGGUGUCCUCGCGAUACCAACUACCAGCUAUAAGAGCGUUCACGUUUGGCGGUUCUCCGAUGGUUCCGCGAUGGUUCCGAUGCACCAACUGGUCGCUCGGCCGAUACCCUUGGACGACGUCGUGUUGCUUGGAUCACCCCACUUCCGAACAAUCGCGGGAGAAUACCAGACGACCUCGACGAAGCAUCAGAAUCUGUCGCCAUGUCCCAAGAUGGACAUGAUUGAGACCGUCUCCGUGUGUUGCCGAUAGGUAUAUA